CUUAUUAGGAAAUUUUCUGUGCAAUUUGCAAGCAUCCUUUUGAGUGUGGGUCAAGCUACUCUAGCAGCUACUCUAUCGAUAUCGUCAAGCUCAAGCUCUUGCAACAAAGAUGAGUAUCGUCAGGUCCUCCAAGUACAGGCACGUCUUUGGUGAAGCUCCAAAGACAGACAAAUGUUACACUUCGGUCAAGAUCAACAAGGGUCCAUGGGAGGGCAACAUGAGCUCUGUCAACUCCAAGUUUCUGGCCGUUUCUAUGGAGGGCCAAGGUGGAGGAAGCUUCAUUGUCAUUUGCCUGGAUAAGCCUGGCCGAGUGGACCUCAACCAUCCCAAGAUCUGUGGACACAAGGGCCCCGUCCUCGACGUCCAAUGGAAUCCUUUCGAUGACAACGAAAUUGCUUCAGGCUCAGAGGAUUGUAAUAUCAAAAUUUGGACGAUUCCUGACGGAGGUAUAUCUGCAAAUCUGGAAGCGGGAGAUUGCAAGGCAGAGCUUAAAGGUCAUGGGAAAAAGGUCAACAGACUUGCUUGGCACCCCGCAGCUGCCAACGUCCUAGCUUCCUCUGGGUUUGACCACGUCAUCAAAGUCUGGAAUACGGAAUCUGCCACGGAACUGUUAACCCUCGGUGGGUUUCCCGACAAGAUCUACUCCUUCUCGUGGAGUUACAACGGCAAGUACAUGGCCACUUCGUACAAAGAGGGCGGAGCUAAACUGAGAAUCUGGAAUGUCCGAGAGCAGAGUGUCAUGCAGGAGAGCGUCACUCAUCCUGGUACCAAACCCUCUCACUGCGUGUUUCUUGGGACGACCAACCAAGUACUAACGACUGGUUACUCAAAGUCCAGCGAGCGUCAGUACAGUUUGUGGGACGCUGGCGAUUUAGAGAAAGGUCCGGUUGCCAGUGAGAAGAUCGACUCAUCCUCCGGUGUCUUGAUGCCUUUCUGGGACGAAGGAACUAGAAUGUUCUACUUGAUCGGAAAGGGAGACACCAACAUUCGCUACUUCGAGGUCACCGACCAGAAGCCGUAUGCCUUCUUCCUGAGUCAGAUGCUGGGCAACAUCCCUCAGCGUGGCGCUUGUGUCAUGCCACAGCACAACCUGGACUACCUCAGAUGUGAGGUGAUGAGAUUCUACCGUCUCCAGCACACUAAGGGAGUGGUGGAGCCAAUGCCCAUGAUCGUCCCUAGGAAGUCUGAGAUGUUACAGGAUGAUAUAUUCAAGACCUGCUAUGCCCCCAAACCAGCCCUCAGUGCUGAUGAGUGGAUCAGUGGAGUGGACAAAGACCCCGUCCUGUAUGAGUACACCCGUGAUGGCCUCGUGGAGUUGCCACCUGCCAAAUGCCAAGUGUCCACAGACAUCAGGUUCAAAAGCAAGGAGGCUCCCAAAGAGAAAGCACAGCCCGAGGUGCUCAAGCGUUUUGGCUCCCCUGAACCCUCCUCCAACCUUGUACUGGUGACCCUAGAUGAUUACAAACGAGCCUUCAAGUCUCUACAGACAGAAAAUGAGAAACUGAAGGAAGAGCUGGCUACACUCAAGGCACGCUGAUUCAGCAUUUUACUGAACUUUUGACCUUUCAACAUAGCAAUUAUUAUUAUUAAUUAAAUAUCAUGUGACCUGUACUUGCACACGGUAGUAGGUUUAGACUUGAAACUCUUAAAAUUCUUUUAUAGAAGUUUAAUUUUCACCUAAAAGUGCAAAGCUUGUGUGUUUAGUUUAUGUGUGUUUAGAAAUCAGUUGUUUCGUGUAAUAACAAUAUUUAGCAGUG